ACAGCAAAGCAUGCUGGACCACAGCUCAACGCCCAAAAUGGCGGCACGGUUAAAAAGUUUGGUCUGUUUUGCCCGAGUUCGUGUUCUUCACACAGUAUUUCUUUAGGUGUUUCUCUGCGUGGAAGCACACCGAUGGCACGCCGGCGUGCUUCUCUAACAGUUGCGUAAUAGGUCAGACAUAAGCAUGGCCUUUUGCUAUCCGCUAAAAUUCGGGCAUCACUUUACUAGUGCUUCGAUGGCUAAGCUAGGCUAGCAAGCUAACUACAGUCAGAUGAGUUGUAUUAAAAAGCUGCGUUAGGUCCGUAAUGACUCGCAUCGUCUGGAUCUCGUCACGGAAUUGAAUAUGAAGAGGAGGACAUUUCCAUAGAAAUGGAGGAUGAUGUAAAAAAAGUGAAGAAGCCUGGUAUCGUGUCUCCGUUCAAGCGAGUCUUCCUGAAAGGAGAGAAGGGGCGGGACAAGAAAGCGCAGGAGAAGGCCACGGAGCGCAGGGCGCUGCACACCUUCUCACUUUCGCAGCCUGACCACCGCAUUGACCCUGACAUUCUGCUUAAUGAUUACAUUGAGAAGGAAGUUAAAUACUUGGGGCAGCUGACAUCCGUUCCAGGAUACUUGAACCCAUCUAGCAGGACAGAGGUUCUGCAGCUCAUUGACAAUGCAAGGAAAUCCCACCAGUUGGCAGGCCAGCUGACAUCAGAACAGGAUGCAGUGGUAAGCUUGUCAGCAUACAACAUAAAGCUUGUAUGGCGUGAUGGAGAGGACAUCAUCCUCAGAGUGCCCAUCCACGAUAUUGCUGCUGUGUCUUACAUCAGGGACGACUCAUUGCACCUUGUUGUGAUCAAAACAGCCCAGGAGUCAGGAGGCUCUCCCUGUCCCAGCUCAUGCCCAGAUCUCAAUAAAUCCCAGACCCUCAGCUCCUUGUCGGAGAGUGGAGCUGUGCUUGUGGAAGUCUGCUGUCUGCAUGUGCUGGCUGCUCAUAACAAGGCGGCAGCAGAGGAGCUGUGUCUUUUGCUCAGCCAGGUCUUUCAAAUUGUUUACACAGAAUCAACCAUCGAUUUCUUGGACAGAGCCAUCUAUGAUGGAGCAACUACACCUACAAGACACCUUUCUCUAUACAGUGAUGACUCUUCAAGCAAAGCAGACAUUAAAGAGGCCUUUGAAGUGGAAGGCAGCACAUUCCCUUUUCAGGUCUCAAUAGAAGCAGAAGGAAACUCCCCAACAGCUUCCUCCCCAGUAUCGCCUCAGACAACCACCGCAAGUGAAGGAGAGCUCAGUACCACUGCUGCGGAGCUGCUGCAGGACUACAUGACCACACUGCGAACAAAACUGUCAUCACAGGAGAUCCAGCAGUUUGCCACCCUGCUCCAUGAGUAUCGUGACGGUGCUUCCAUCCACGAGUUCUGCAUAAACCUGCGACAACUCUAUGGGGACAGCAGGAAGUUCCUCCUGCUUGGCCUGCGACCCUUCAUACCAGAGAAAGACAGCCAGCACUUUGAGAAUUUCCUCGAGACCAUUGGCGUGAAAGACGGCCGAGGAAUCAUCACUGACAGCUUUGGGCGCUACCGACGCACAGCCAGCUCCGCCUCCGACUCUACAACCAACGGCAACGGGGCAGCGGGAGGAAGCGGCGACAGCGCAGCCUCGGAUGAAGGCCAGGAGACCUCUGAGGGAGACGAAUGGGACCGGAUGAUCACCGAUAUCAGUAAUGACAUCGAAGCUCUUGGCUGCAGCAUGGACCAGGAGGGCGUGACGCCCUGACACGGUAAACAAAAAAAAGGGGGGCGGGGGCUAUUUUUCCAAGUGCAAAACACUUGAACUGACAAACAUUCUUCGAAAAGGCAUGAGCUAAAUGGAUCAGAUGAAGAUGAUCCCAAACCUAAUUUUGGUUAAAUGUGUUUUCCUCAGUUCCUUGCACACUCAUGGAAAACCUCAACCUGUUUUCACACAGACAUGAAGUCAACAUGAUGCACUUACGCAGAACCUGUAGAUGACUCAUUUUUACAUCUCAGAGGGAUUUAUAGACUCUGAUGUAUUUUGAAAGUUUCUUUUUUUAUACUCAUUUAUUGGCAGUAUCUGCCACUGCUGUCAGCAUUGUAGCAAAGGUUUUCAGUCUUGAAGAAAGUUUCUGUUAAGAAUAAACAUUCAAAGAGAAUCCAUCAGAUGACUGUAUGUAUAUAUUUUAGAAGGUUUAACCUGAUACCAUACAGGUUUGUGCUCUUUCUAAAGGUCAAUCACCUUCAUCAUCCUGUUUUAUACUUGUGUUUGGUGACAGUGUAACAUCUGUAUCACCUAUAUAUAAGUUUUUUUCAUAUAAUAUUUGUGUACCACUUUGUUUUACACUAUCGUUUGUUAUCAGUGUUUACUCAUUUAUAUAAUUGUGCCGUAGUCAUACUGACCGAGAAAUGCUGUUAAUUCUCAUUCGACUAAGGAGUGGUGAGUGGAGUAUUUGACAAAGUCUGUCAGUUGAUGGCUGAUUUAAAUCUGUGAUAUUAGGUGUUUUUCUACUCAUGCAGGUCAUUGUGUUGUCUUGUGACUUUACAUCUGUCAUUGUGCCUUUACACUGCAGGACUGCUGCGAGUAAUUACGAGCUGUAACUACAGUUGUUGAGUUAUUAAAUAACAGCUACUUUA